AUGUCGUCCUCUGCUCCCGCAGAAAAGGCCGCUGGUGCCGCCAUUCCUGAUGGCACCACCGACUACAAGCCCCUGCGCUCCGGUUCCGCCUAUGAUUCCUCCAAGGUGCAUAUUGCCGACACUCCCAUGACCUGGUCCAACUGGCACAAGCACGUCAACUGGCUCAACACUACCCUCAUCAUCAUCAUUCCCAUGAUUGGCUUCAUCUCCGCCUACUGGGUACCUCUCAAACUCUAUACUGCCAUUUUUGCUGUCAUCUACUACUUCAACACUGGUCUGGGUAUCACUGCCGGCUACCAUCGCCUCUGGGCUCACUCAUCCUACAAAGCCUCCACUCCCCUCAAGAUUUACCUAGCCUUUGUUGGUGCCGGUGCCGUCGAAGGUUCCAUCCGCUGGUGGUCCCGCGAUCACCGCGCUCAUCAUCGCUACACUGAUACUGACAAAGACCCUUACUCGGUUCGCAAGGGUCUUCUCUAUUCCCACCUCGGCUGGAUGGUUUUCAAGCAGAACCCCAAGCGUACCGGCCGUACCGACAUUACCGAUCUGAACGAGGACCCCGUCGUCGUCUGGCAGCACAAGCAUUACCUCAAGUCGGUCAUCUUCACUGCUCUUGUCUUUCCUACUCUCUUUUGUGGCCUGCUCUGGAAUGACUGGCUGGGUGGCUUCGUUUAUGGCGGCAUUCUCCGUAUUUGGUUCGUUCAGCAGGCUACCUUCUGUGUCAACUCCUUGGCCCAUUGGCUCGGCGACCAGCCUUUUGACGACCGCAACUCGCCUCGCGAUCACGUCAUCACCGCGCUCGUCACUCUUGGCGAGGGUUACCACAACUUUCAUCACGAGUUCCCCUCCGACUACCGCAACGCUAUUGAGUGGUGGCAGUACGACCCUACCAAGUGGGCCAUCUGCACGUGGAAGUUCCUCGGGCUCGCCAGUGACCUCAAGCAGUUUCGCUCCAACGAAAUUGAAAAGGGCCGCGUUCAGCAGCUUCAGAAGAAGCUCGACCAGAAGCGUGCCGGCCUCGACUGGGGCACGCCCCUCGAGCAGCUUCCCGUCAUCUCAUGGGACGACUUCGUCGCCGAGUCCAAGAACGGCAAGGCCCUCGUUGCUAUUGCUGGUGUCAUCCACGACGUGACCGACUUUAUCAAGGAACACCCUGGUGGCAAGGCUCUCAUCAGCUCCGCCAUCGGCAAGGACGCCACGGCCAUCUUCAACGGUGGCGUCUACCUUCAUUCCAACGCUGCCCAUAAUUUGCUGUCCACCAUGCGUGUCGGUGUCCUUCGCGGUGGCUGCGAGGUUGAAAUUUGGAAGCGCGCCCAGUUUGAGAACAAGGACGUCUCCUAUGUCAACGACUCGACAGGCCAGCGCAUCAUCCGUGCCGGCAACCAGGUCACCAAGGUCGUUGCUCCUGUUGCCAGUGCUGAUGCCGCGUAA